UUAAUAAUUGAUAUCAAUACUUAAAUUACGAUGAGCCUCGAAAUUGACGAAAGAUCUUUACUCGACGACACUGAGACUCCUGUCGAUCCUUUAGACGAUGAGUCGCAACUGGAAAGGACGCAUAACGAUCGUAACUUUGCAGCGGUGAGAGGCCCGUCCAAUAUCGACAGCAACAUUGUAGCAAUCUUUGUAGUUGCUUUCGAUACAAGAUCAGGAAACAUUUUGGAAUGGAGUUUGCCAGCGGAAUUUGAGUAUGGUGACAUUGAAUUUAAAGCCAUGGCGAGUGGCCUUCACACUAUCUUCUCAGAUUUCAAUUACUUUAAAAUUGGUCAGUUAUUUGGACUAAGCUGCUACCAGCGCCUUCAACUAGAAGGAGAAGAAGCAGAACGAGAGAGAGGUGCAAGAAUGAAGUCUGUUGGUGUUCUUGCUAUGUGUUACAGUGGCUUGCAUGACCACAUGGAAUUUCUACAGCAGGCAGUAGAACGCUUGAACAAGACUCCUGGCAACUAUGGUGCACUUGAAGAGUAUUAUCAGUCUCACAUGGUGUCUGUUCCUGUAUCAGAGGAACCAGCUAUCUCUUUGCGAAACGUCGUGCUUCCACGCUUAACUAUAACUCAUUCGGCAGGUUCGUUUGCUCAAGUGUGGCAUUUCUUUGGUGAGAACAUCUUUGUCCUAUGGAAGGCUGCCCUGCUGAGACAACGAAUUCUGUUUGUCUCACCACCUCCUACUGGGGUGACAUGCUACAGAGUUUAUUGUGCUUGUUUGAUGGCGAGUCAUUCCGUUGGUGUGGUGGCGGAGAGAGACGUUAAUCCGUUGUUUUACAUCAACUUGGCUGAUAUACAGCAGUUGGAGAAAGAAAGCUCUUAUGUUGCUUGCACCACAGAAAAGAUCUUUGCCAUGAAAACUCAUCUCUACGACAUUUAUGUUGAUAAUCAAAACAUUACUGUCCUUGGUCAGAUUCGCAAUGGAAUUCACUGUACAGGAAAGGAUUGUCUUAGAUAUCAAGAAGUGGAAAACCAACUGAAUGAUCAUGCUCUUUCUGUGUCAGAAGAGGGUAUUUUAUCCAAGGACAAGAUGCUUAUAGAAAACUUUCAGAGAAUGAACAACAAGAUACUCAGCAAGCUAGCCGACGUCUCUCGCUCAGACUGUCAUGAUCUCAGCAAGGUUGAUAUAAAUGAACUCGGACUUGACCCCAUCAACGACCACGCCUUCCUGCAGCAGCUCAUUGAUCUCUACAGCUUUGAUGUAAAUCUGGAACCGAUUGGACUUACUGCUUGUUGUCCAUUAUUUUGUUAGACAGUUUCGAUAAUUAUUUCAAAUGAUUAGUAUAUUUUCGCGAUUGAUUUUGAAUAGAAGUGCGCAGCCGUUCCUUGCUAUUCCA